UACCGGCAGCUGUGGGCGGGGAAGAGCCCGUGGGGUGGGGUGUGUGUGUGUUGAGCAGGGGGGGGACACACGGCUCCCCAUGAAGCGACGGAGGAUGAACAAGCUGUACAUCGGGAACCUCAGCCCCGCAGCCACCGCCGACGACCUCAAGCAGCUUUUCGGGGAGAAACAGAUGCCCCUGGCCGGCCAGGUCCUGCUCAAGUCGGGUUACGCCUUCGUGGAUUACCCGGACCAAAACUGGGCCAUCCGGGCUAUCGAGACCCUCUCGGGGAAAGUGGAGCUGCACGGCAAAGUGAUGGAGGUGGACUAUUCCGUGCCCAAAAAGCUCAGGAGCAGGAAGAUCCAGAUCCGAAACAUCCCCCCCCACCUGCAAUGGGAGGUGUUGGAUGGCUUGUUAGCUCAGUAUGGAACAGUGGAGAACGUAGAGCAAGUCAACACAGACACAGAAACAGCUGUUGUCAACGUAACAUACGCAAGAAAAGAAGAAGCAAAAAUAGCAAUUGAGAAGCUGAGUGGCCACCAGUUUGAGAACUAUUCCUUCAAGAUUUCCUACAUCCCGGAUGAAGAGGUGAGCUCCCCUCCACCCCCCCAGCGAUCCCGCCGCGGGGGCCACUCUUCCAGGGAGCGGGGCUCCUCCCCGGGGGGCUCCUCACAGCCCAAACAGCUCGAGUUCCCACUGCGGAUGCUGGUGCCCACGCAGUUUGUUGGUGCGAUCAUAGGAAAGGAGGGCUUGACCAUAAAGAACCUUACUAAGCAAACCCAGUCCAAGGUUGACAUCCAUCGGAAGGAGAAUGCUGGCGCUGCUGAAAAACCCAUCACCAUCCAUGCCACUCCAGAGGGGUGCUCUGAAGCCUGUCGCAUGAUCCUUGAUAUCAUGCAGAAGGAGGCAGAUGAAACCAAAUCUGCAGAAGAGAUUCCUUUGAAAAUCCUAGCACACAACAGUCUGGUGGGGAGGUUAAUUGGCAAGGAGGGCCGCAACCUCAAGAAGAUCGAGCAGGACACGGGCACGAAGAUCACCAUCUCCCCUUUGCAGGAUUUAACCAUUUAUAACCCUGAGCGGACCAUCACGGUGAAGGGCAGCACAGAGGCCUGCUCCAAUGCUGAAGUAGAGAUCAUGAAGAAGUUGCGAGAGGCCUAUGAGAACGACGUGGUGGCUGUCAAUCAACAAGCCAACCUGAUCCCAGGACUCAACCUCAGUGCUUUGGGCAUCUUCUCGACAGGACUGUCCAUGCUCCCAUCCACCCCAGGGGCCCGAGGGGCUGCAGCAGCUUCCCCCUACCACCCUCUUGCUAGCUCCUCAGCUUAUCUCUCGGGUCUUUACGGAGCCCCCCCAGCUGGUGCCUUCCCCCACCAGCACCCCGUGCCCUCACAGGAGGUGGUCAACUUGUUCAUCCCAACACAGGCAGUGGGGGCCAUCAUUGGCAAGAAGGGGCAGCACAUCAAGCAGCUGGCACGGUUUGCAGGGGCCUCCAUCAAGAUUGCCCCAGCAGAAGGUCCCGAUGCCAGUGAGCGCAUGGUCAUCAUCACGGGGACACCUGAGGCUCAGUUCAAGGCCCAGGGGCGAAUAUUUGGGAAGCUGAAAGAGGAAAACUUCUUUAACCCGAAAGAAGAAGUGAAGCUUGAAGCUCACAUCAAGGUGCCUUCCUUCGCUGCUGGCCGGGUGAUAGGCAAAGGUGGCAAGACGGUGAAUGAACUGCAAAAUUUAACCAGUGCAGAAGUCAUUGUGCCACGAGACCAAACACCGGAUGAGAACGAGGAGGUCGUCGUGAAAAUCAUUGGCCAUUUCUUUGCCAGUCAGACUGCACAGCGCAAGAUCAGGGAAAUCGUCCAGCAGGUGAAGCAGCAGGAGCAGAAACACGCUCAGGGAGCCCCAGCCUCGCAGCAGCUCAGCAAGUGAGGUUCCCGCCACGCCGGCCACACUGCCCCAUGAAUGUAACCCCUCUGCCACCACUGCCGGACCCCCAGCAGGUCAGGGGAGCAAACCAAAGACACCUCCCAAGCCCCCCACCUCGUGGCUGGGGGUGCUGUGAGGAUGGAUGUUGGGAGGGCUCUCAGCAUCCCUCCCAAGCCUCUCCCUUCUUACUCCGUCGCUUCCCGACGCUAUCCCUUUAGUUGGACUAACAUAGGCAGAGAGAGAGAA